UCCAUGGCCAGUGCAAAUAACGUGACUGAGCUGAUCAUCACCGGGCUUUUCCAAGGUGCAGAGGUGCAGAAAGCGUGCUUUGUGCUCUUCCUGCCCGUGUACCUGGCCAUACUGCUGGGCAACGGCCUCAUCGUCCUGACAGUCAGUGUCAGUCAGAGCCUGCGCGCCCCCAUGUACUUCUUCCUGGGCUACCUGUCCCUGGUGGAGAUCUGUUACUCCUCCACUGUGGUGCCUAAGUUCAUUGCGGAUCUGCUCGCCAAGGUUAAAGCCAUCUCCUUCAAGGGCUGCCUGGUUCAGAUAUUCUUCUUCCACUUCUUUGGUGUCGCUGAGAUCCUCCUGCUCGUGGUGAUGGCCUAUGACCGCUAUGUGGCCAUCUGCAAGCCUCUGCACUAUAUGAGCGUUAUGAGUCGCCAACUGUGUCACAUGCUGGUGGCUGGUUCCUGGCUGGGGGGCUUUCUUCACUCCCUCAUUCAGAUUCUAAUCACCAUCCCAUUGCCCUUCUGUGGUCCCAAUGUGAUUGACCACUACUUCUGUGACCUCCAGCCAUUAUUCAGGUUGGCCUGUGCUGACACCUCUGUGGAGGGCAUCACUGUAUUGGCCAACAGUGGAUUGAUUGCUCUGUGCUCCUUCCUCAUCUUGCUGUGCUCCUAUGUGGUCAUCCUGGUCAGCCUGAGGAACCAUUCUGCAGAGGGGAGGCACAAGGCCCUCUCCACCUGUGCCUCUCACAUCACGGUGGUUGUGUUGUUUUUUGGGCCUGCCAUUUUCCUCUACAUGCGUCCCUCCUCUACCUUCACUGAGGACAAGCUGGACAAGCUGGUGGCUGUGUUCUACACAGUCAUCACCCCCAUGCUGAACCCCAUCAUCUACACACUCAGAAAUGCAGAGGUGAAAAUUGCCAUGAGGAAGUUGUGGAGUGCAAAACAGUCAAGGAUGGGGUGA